AUGAGCUCUAAUAAGAGCGGAACUCGAGUCCAAUGCUUCGCCCCUUUGGUAUCUGAAUUAGCUGCACUAGGCCGACUCAUGUUUCAAUCGCUACGAUAUUCGGGAUACCGCGAUAUAUGUACAUUUCCACAGGAACCGAAAACAGAAGAUGAUGUAUCACUGGUAGAAAAGCUGAGGGCCGCGUUCACUGAUGUUGCUGGCCCAGACGGUGUACUAUCCUAUCCGGAGCUACGAGAUAUCCUCAAUGCCGCGUUCAUAAAAGAGUUCGCUUUCGAGGGAUUCAGUAGAGAAACUGCUCGCAGCAUGGUUGCAUUGAUGGACACGGAUCUGUCUGGUUCGCUGGAUUUCAUGCAGUUUAAAAAACUCUGGAUGGAUCUACGGCUUUGGAAGAGCAUAUUCAAACGAUUCGAUCGCAAUGGCAACGGUACAAUGGAUGCAUUUGAACUGAGAGACCUGCUCAGGGCCGUGGGCAUAAGUGUGAGCAACCGGGUGUAUCACGCCAUCGUGUGCCGAUAUGCCAACCGGAAAGGAGAGAUAUUUUUUGAUGACUACGUGUUGCUGUUGGUACGACUAUCCACUGUGAUCGAAACGUUCAAAGCACAGAAACGUCUCGAUGAUGGAAGAGCGGCGUUUGAUAUCGAGGAGUUCACACGCUCGGUUAUCUACAUUUGACCAAUCAAGAUAAGAAGUACUGUGAAGUCUGAAGAUGCGCCCUUCCCAGACAUUAUUUCUAAAGGACCGGAGUACUUGUUUGAACCUUCCUACCCGUUUUUUUUUACUUCAAAGUGACUUCUGUUCUCACAAGUUUUUAACUUUGUAACAGAAAGACGAAGAGUGGUCGUAUUUUUUGACUAAUAAAUUAUUUUUCCAUUUUUUUUUCAAUCUUUGGAGUUUGAAAGGCG